AUGUCCUUCCUACAAGAUAACCAGGGAUGGGUCCUCACCCUCGCCUCGUCAGCAAUGUGUCUUCUUGGCUGCUCGAUCAUCUACGUCGAUGUCUUGUACGCCGCCAUCUUCCCCAAGAUCGCUGCCACCCACAAAUUCGAGAUCAGUACCAACGGGAGGUUCUUGAUCGCCUGUCUCAGCUUGUCUUCUGGCUCGUUGCUUCUAACAGCGUUGGCAAAACUAUUGCCCCACGCCUCAGACUACUUAAACCAACACUCGUACCUUUCCAACCAUCAUAAAGAGUUGAACUUCAUCUUGAUGUCAUGUUUCUUCUCAGGGAUUGUGGUAUUCAUGGUGUUGGAUACCGUAAUCCACAAAUAUACCAGUGAAAGCAUCAUUCAUUGCGCGCAUGGCGACGAUGAUGGCCAUUCGCAUGAUGGCCACCACCAUCAUGAUCAUGAUCAUGAUCUCGACUUGGAACAGGGAAUCGACAAUCAGUACGCCGAUUCUCAUCUUGAUGAUUCUGACAGUGAAAAUGAGGGAUCUUUGAAGGUUAGCAGUAUUAUCGAAGAUUCUUACCACCACCAUCAUCAUGGGGAAGAAAUUCAGGAAGAUGACGUCCAAUCUCACCAAAGUAGUCCAUGCCAACUACAAGCACCAACUCCCCUGGAAUCAACCCCGCUCCUAAUGUCCACAAAUAAAUCAAUGGGGGAUCUAACCAAAGGUGACACCAUCAAAUACAAUCAAUUACAAUCUUUGAAAGCCCUCAAGUUUUUGAAGCACCCAUUCUCCAAAAAAAAAUCAAAUUUAUCGUUGGUGGCCUAUUCUCCUACUGACAAAAAAUGUUUCCCAAUACCUGUCCCUGCCGACAAUGAUCUGUUAUCACGAAGCCCCUCUAUUGGAAACUUAAUGUUGGUCGACCGCUCGAUUGCCCAAGAACAUAUCAAACAUUCCAGUGACCAUCGUCAUAUCAAUGUCCAAACUUCGGUAUCCAAACUUUUCUCCAUUGGGGUGCAAACCACGUUGGCCAUGACGUUGCACAAAUUCCCUGAAGGAUUCAUUUACUAUACCACUUCAAAAAUCGACGAAUCGUUGAGCUUGAACAUUUUCUUAUCGCUUGCCAUCCAUAAUAUCGCCGAAGGGUUAUGCAUGGCCAUCCCAUUAUACCUCUCGUUGAACUCACGAAUGAAGGCCAUUGCCAUUGCCGGGAUUCUUGGUGGAUUUUCCCAGCCAUUUGGUGCGUUGCUUGGUCAAUUAGUGUUGCCUACUGACCCUAACGAAAUCGAUGCCAACGAUAUCAAUUUGGCAUUCGGGUGUCUCAUGAGUUUGACUAGUGGGUUCUUGGUAAUAAUAGGAUUGAAGAUGUUGUUGAGUAGUGUCGGGUUUGGGGGUAAUGGAAGCCAUACAUUCAUCACUUUUUGGUUUAUCAUGGGAAUGUUUGCGAUUAGUUGUACUAAUAUUUUGACCGGAAGUUUGUUGUGA